AUGGCAGAUCAAAGAAACGUCGACACAAAACGGGAUGACGAGGAGGUUUGCACGGCGGCUGCCCGACUUGGUCCCCGGUACAUGGCCGUCUAUAGCAAUGCGUGGUUUCAAGUCGUUUUGAUCAGUUUUAUCUGUUUUUGCUGCCCUGGGAUGUAUAAUGCUCUCACUGGAAUGGGAGGUUCAGGUCAGGUAGACGAGACCGUUGCUGCAAAUGCCAACGUCGCGCUCCUUUCCGCAACGGCUGCCACGGCGUUGUUUCUGGCCGGACCGAUCUUUUCAAUCAUCGGCCCGCGUGCCUGUUGGCUUGUUGGCGGAUGGACCUAUGCCCUGUACAGCGCAAGUUUGCUGAAUUUUAACAUCCGAAGCAAUGGCACUUUUGUCAUUGCCGCCGGUGCGAUUCUCGGUGUUGGAGCCUCGUUCUUGUGGGUUGCGCAAGGAGCAAUUAUGACCUCCUACGUGCCUGAAUCCCAGAAAGGACGAGCGAUUGCCGUCUUUUGGAUUAUCUUCAACCUCGGCGGUAUGAUCGGAUCACUGGUUAGUUUUGGCCUGAAUUUCCAUUCGCAAUCCGGCACGGUCUCGAAUAGCACAUACAUCGCCACCAUGGUGAUCAUGCUGUUCGGCUGGGUUAUUGGAGUUUUCAUUUGCCCUCCGACCCGUAUCCGGCUUGUGCAGCUGAACGAGGCCGAGAACAAAGUCGUCCAUCAAACCGUUGGCGACAAGGCCCGCACAAUCGCAAAGACCCUCUUCACCUUCAAGGUCAUCUGCGUCCUCCCGCUCUUCUUCUGCGCCAACGUUUUCUACUCUUACCAACAGAACAACGUCAACGGCACCACUUUCAACAUCCGCACCCGCUCCCUCAACUCCGCAAUCUACUGGAUGGCCCAAAUGUUUGGCGGCCUUUUCAUGGGCGAGGCCCUGGACGCGCGCUUCCUCAACCGCCGUCAACGCGCGUGGGUCGGCUGGGCUAUCCUCAUGGUGACCGGCAUGGUGAUUUGGGGCGGAGGCUACGCGUUCCAGAAAUGGGAAGACGAGCGGCUGGCGCAGGGUUUCAAGCAGGAUAUCGACUACGCCCAAAACGCAAAUAUCGCCGUCGGCCCGAUAUUCCUAUACUUCUUCUACGGCGCGUACGACGCCCUGUGGCAAUCGUUCUGCUAUUGGCUGAUCGGGACCAUGUCGAAUUCGGCUGCCGUCACGGCGGUGUUGGUGGGUGCGUACAAAGCCUUUCAGGCGGCCGGUGGUGCGAUGGCGUGGAGAAUCAAUGCGUUGCAGAAAUCGCCUAUGACGCAGUUGGGCAUGGAUUGGGGACUGUGUAUCGGGGCGCUGGUUUUGGCGUUGCCAACCGUGUGGUCUGUUACUUUGACGAGUGUCAGUCAUAAUUCUGAUGGGGACGAAGAUCUGAAGAAGGACGGAUUGGAAAGCAAGGAUUGCGUCAGUAAAUAA